AUGUGGAUCCAUUACUUUGUCUUUUCUCCAAAUUUUAGUUAAAUUUAACAUCAAAACAAAAUACAUUCAAAUAUUCAAUAUUUAGUCCUGUUACAUGAUUCUUAACAAUGUUCACUAGUUCAAAAUCCAUAACAAUGUUCAGACAUAUAAACAUUUUCAAACAAUAUAUAUAUAUAUAUGAUUGCUAAGACCAUACUCGCAAUUUAUGUAUGACAUGUUUCAAAGAAUAUAUUUGAUAUGAUCGAACUAAUACACCCGUCCAUACAUAGUGUUUUGAUCUAAGAUUUCUAUUCUUCUACAACAGAACGAUUUUAUCCUGAGCAUGAACCAUGUCUUCUACUAAGCAAAAAUCUAUCAGAUUUCCAAAUGACUUUGACAUAUCAAAAACUGGAUCAUACAAUGUGUCGAAAUUCCUCAAAGCUAUCUCCAUCAAGAACCACGAACAAACGUCUAGUUCAAACCUCGAGAAGGUAGAAAUAGAGCCAAAAAUGAAGGUGUUUCGAAAGAAAAAGCUUUCAAGAGUAUUUUCAGAGGACUAUGAUGGGGUGCAAUGGAAGAUAUUAGAUCCGCGAGGACGUCUUAUAAACAUAUGGAACAAAUGUUUCCUUAUUGCUUCUCUAACUUCUCUGUUUGUUGAUCCAUUGUUCUUCUAUUUACCUAGUGUUGACGAUGAAAUCUGUAUGGAUGCAAGUUAUCCUAUGGAGAUAGUCCUUACAAUCGUUCGAUCAGUCAUAGAUGCAUUUUAUCUGGUUCAGAUUUUAGUUCAGUUGCGUACAGCUUACGUUGCACCUUCCUCUCGUGUUUUUGGAAGAGGUGAGCUAGUUAUUGAUUCUUCAAAGAUUGCUUCAAGGUAUCUGCGUAAGGACUUUUUGCUCGACAUCUUGGCUACUCUUCCUCUUCCUCAGGUUUUGAUUUGGGCUGCAAUCCCAUCUCUGAGAGGUUCGAAUAGGAUCGGUGCAAAACACGCCUUACGACUAACUAUCAUUUCUCAGUUCCUCUUGAGGCUAUGUCUGAUUUUUCCACUUUCAUCUCACAUUAUCAAGACCACUGGUGUAAUGGUGGAAGCUGCUUGGGCUGGCGCGGUUUAUAACCUCGUGCUCUUCAUGUUGGCAAGUCAUGUCAUGGGAUCUUGCUGGUACCUUUUAGCUGUGGAGAGGCAAGAACAGUGUUGGAAGAAGAUUUGUGAUCAACAGCAACCAUAUUGCCAGUAUUGGUAUUUCGACUGCCAGAGGAAGAACAAUAGCAGUAGAAUCGCGUGGUACCCGUGGAGCAAUAUAUCUACAUUAUGUGGUCCUAGCAGCAACUUCUUCCAAUUUGGAAUCUUUAAAGAUGCACUGACUUAUCGCGUUACACAGUCAUCGUUCUUGAACAAGUAUUCGUAUUGUUUUUGGUGGGGAUUAAGGAACCUAAGCUCUAUUGGGCAGAAUCUCCUGACUACUACUGACAUUAAUGAGAUAAAUUUCGCGGUUGUUCUUGCAAUUCUUGGAUUAUUGCUAUUCGCAUUACUUAUUGGGAAUAUGCAGACCUUCCUUCAAUCUACUACUAUGAGACUCGAAGAAUGGAGGAUUAGGAGGACGGAUACAGAAGAAUGGAUGCAUCAUCGUCAACUCCCUCACGAUCUAAAGGAGAGGGUCCGGAAAUAUGAUUUGUAUCGUUGGGUUACAACACGAGGUGUUGAUGAAGAAUCCAUUGUUAGAAGCCUUCCUGUUGAUCUCAGAAGGGACAUCAAACGUCAUCUUUGUCUUGAUCUAGUUCGUCGAGUACCUUUGUUUGAUCAAAUGGAUGAGUGUAUCUUAGAUGCAAUAUGUGAAAGGUUGAAACCACUUCUAUACACCGCGGGAACUUGCCUAGUUCGCGAAGCUGAUCCUGUGAACGAAAUGCACUUCAUUAUAAGAGGACAUUUGGAUUCCUACACUACUGAUGGAGGAAGAACAGGUUUCUUUAACUCGUGUCAGCUCGGUCCAUGUGAUUUCUGUGGUGAAGAAUUACUAACAUGGGCACUAGACCCUCGUCCGAGCAUCAUCCUUCCCUCCUCUACACGUACAGUAACCGUACUCACUGAAGUAGAAACGUUUGCAUUGGCUGCAGAAGAUGUGACAUUCGUGGCAUCACAGUUCCGUAAACUGCAUAGCAAACAGUUAAGGCAUACAUUCAGGUUUUACUCGAACCAGUGGAGGACUUGGGCCGCGUGUUUUAUACAAGCAGCCUGGUUUCGAUACAAGAGAAGGAAAGAGGCUGCUGCGUUGAAUAAGGCGAAACAGUGUCCCCUGGCUCCUCCUCUGCCUACUGCACCACGAGAUGAACGAAUCAGAAGCGUGUCGUUGGGACAAAAGGCUUCAGAGUUUGCUGUGUAUGCUGCAACAUUGGCAGCAAGCAACAGAAAAGGUGCAAGUAUGAGAGGAGAACUAGAAAUCAUUAGUUCAUUACAAAAGCCUGUGGAACCUGAUUUUUCCGUUACGGAUAGAUGAACGCAAAUGCUCGAGCCAGGAUUUUAAGUUCAUGAGUUUUGAACACAUUAUUAAUACAUAUUGAAUGUAUUUUUUCAAUACAAAUGUAGGAUUCGAGCCAAAGUUACUGAGUUUUGCUGAGCCAUAUUAGACUGUGAAUAUGAAAUACACUAUUGUUGUAUCAUAAAAGUUACAUACUAGUUGAACAUUUUCCUAAAAA